GUCGAUGGCGGGGUGUAUACCCUAGUGGGCGGUUGACAGCGGAUGGAGCGGCGCAGAGUGCUGCACCGGCUUGUCCGCUGUGACUGGCCCGUGCGGGGGGCGUGCCGUGGACGGAAUCGGGGUGUGUGAUCGGAUUGGGAUCAGCACACCGCGACGCGUCUGUUUGGCAAUUGAUUCGCGAGGGUUGUUUACCCACCUGCAUGGGAGGUUCAAAUCCCGGGCGCGCGUCUCCCUUCCCUCCCUUUCUCCAACGGCUACCAUCUGCGCGCUCGCCUCUCAUCCCCAACGCCUGAACACAACCUUCUGCCCAUUACUCCAUACCCUUCCAACUCCAUCAACAAUGUCGUCGUACAGUGGUCUCUUGUCGAUCCCCGAAGUAAUGUCAGAGUGGGCCGUAUAUGAGACAACGUACGACGUUAUCGAUGCAGCAUCCGCGGGCGGUCCCGUAGCAGGACCUUCUGCUCCCAGAGCGAUGUUCAGUUCUUCGCUUGCACCCAAGCACACAAUGGGAGCAGACGCAUUGUCUCACUCAGAGUCCACGUCUAGCGGGACGCCUUCAACACACGGACUGCCAUUCCUGCCCACAGAAUGGGGGUUCUUCCCCGACCUCCCCAUCCUCCCUUUCAUGCCGUUUCUACCCCCCAUGGCAUUGCCCAUGUACGCACCCCCUUACGCGCCUAUUGCCCCGCCAUCCUCCGAUGCCGACCGUGUAUCAGUCAAGCGAAAUCGAGAAGAGGAUGCCGUCGGCUCGUCUGAGGGUGAAUGCCGCCCAACGAAGGUCGCGCGACGGCACAAAAUCCAGCAGGAGAUUUUCACCUGCGGAUGGAAAUGUGAACACGACAGUAUAUGCGGAUAUCGAGGAAUAUCGCAGGAGGUCUGGCAGCAUCUCCGAGUGCAGCACGAGCAGAAGCCGGCGAAGAUAGCGCCUAUUCCCAAACCGGUGGUGUGCGGGUGGAACGGGUGUACGCACAGGGGCCUCCCGCGGACGUUGACGGAACACUGGCUAGAAGUACACAAGUCCGCUUGCUUGGCCGACAGUGAACUCAACGACGGGCUUAUGGCCUGUCGGGUAUGCCACUCGACGGGCGCCCACCAAGGCGUCGGCAACAGAAGGCGCAGGGGGCAUAUGAAGCUCGCUAGCCUUCCCAAACACCUGCGAACCACGCAUUGGGGCGUCUUGGAGUUCUGCGAUAAUUGUGGUCGGGAGUCUCGCAGCGACGUCUUCGACAAAGGCGACCGGGACCACCGCGGCCAGUGCUUGCUCGUCUUCAUGAGGGACUCUCCCCACUGUAUUUAGGCCGAGGUUUCAUUUUUCUGGUGGCCGUUCCUGUUGUUAUGUACGUUGUGGGACUCUCUAAUAGCUGUUGUUGUUCUUGCUACGCGCUCGACUGUUGUAUUGCUCUGACUACGUACGUGUGUAAGUGUUCGCAUCAUCGUUCAAUGUACUCUUGUCGAUGUCGUGUACUUAGUUGUUCUCCGAUAGUCUCACCUUUUGUACUCAUCCAUCCAUCAUAAUUUCAUCUCUUCCUGGUUCCAGUGAGCGAGCACACCAAGCUAUGGG